AUGUUUGGAGGGACUAUUCCUGAAUCUUUGAAAAGUUUAAGAGGUUUAGAGGAAUUGGAUCUUUCUUGGAACAAUUUAUCUGGCCAAAUUCCUGAAUUUUUCGGCCAAUUUUUGUUUCUCAAGUAUCUCAAUCUUUCGUAUAAUAAGCUUGAAGGUGAAGUACCCAAGGAAGGGAUAUUUGCAAAUGCAAGUGCCAAUAUUUCACUUAUUGGAAAUGAAAAGCUUUGUGGCGGUGUUCCAGAACUACUUUUAAAUGUAUGCUCAACAAAAGCUUCUAAAAAGCAUAUUAAUAAAAGAGUAGUAAUCUCAAUAAUUAUUGGUGUUACAGUUGCAACUCUGCUAGUGAUUUCUUUUGUUUUAUAUUACAAAAAGAAAUCUUCACGGACAAGUUCCACUACAUCUUCGAUCGAAAGCCAAUUAUGUUUGUCUUACUCUGACAUUUUAAAAUCAACUGAUAACUUUUCCAAUGAAAAUUUGCUCGGUGUGGGUAGUUGUGGUUCUGUCUACAAAGGUACUCUUUCCGGUGAUGGAAAAAUUGUUGCAAUUAAGGUGUUAAAAGUUCAACAUCAAAGAGCCUUGAAAAGUUUCAUUGAUGAAUGCAAUGCUUUGAAAAGCAUACGACAUCGUAACAUCCUCAAGAUCAUAACUGUUUGCUCAAGUGUUGAUUAUGAAGGUAACGACUUUAAAAGUCUUGUUUUUGAGUUCAUGUCUAAUGGAAGUUUGGACAACUGGCUACAUCCGGUUCCUAACGAGCAACCUGUUGGAAUCAAGAACUUGACCCUUAUGCAGAGACUAAAUGUGGCAAUUGAUGUUGCCUUUGCUUUUGAUUAUCUCCAUCACCAUUGUGAGACUCCAAUUGUGCAUUGUGACCUCAAGCCAAGCAACGUGCUACUUGAUGAAGAUAUGACAGCCCAUGUUGGCGACUUUGGAUUGUCGAAGUUCCUUUUUGAAUCAUCAAAUAAUGCCUUGCAAAGUCAAAUAACAUCAGUUGCUCUAAGAGGUUCUUUUGGCUACAUCCCUCCAGAAUACAUGGAUGGUCAUGUUUCCAGGCUCGGAGACAUAUACAGUUAUGGUAUAUUGUUGUUGGAGAUGUUUACAGGUAAAAGACCUACAGAUGAAAUGUUUAAAGAUGACUUGAACAUUCAUAACUUUGUUUCAAUGGCUUUUCCAAACCAUGUUAUGGACAUUGUUGACCCAUCACUACUCUUUGAAGAAGAAAAUGAAGAUGAUGGAGUUGAAGAAACCAUGAUGAGAAACUUUGAAACUCAAAGGAAUAAUAAAAAGAAAAUGGAAGAAUUCCUGGUUCUAGUGCUGAGGAUUGGACUCAUGUGUUCCACAACAUCUCCAAGAGAGGCGAGAAAAUGA